AUUGGGCUUCAUUACCAUUUCCUUUCAGUUUUUCCCAGCAGGACUCUCUGACCAGGAGGAACAGCUUUCACUGGUCACACAUAUACGAACAUCACCAUCGUCGUCCUCGUCAUCAUCAGAAGCAGCAACAGCAGAACUCCAAGACUUCAGUGCAUCAUCUGCCUUGAGACUGCAAUGACCUCACUCAGACUCUUGUCCCUGUUCCACUCCCUCCUCGUCCUACAAGUCCAUCUUUCCAACCAGUUAGAGGACAAUAAGAUCCCCCCCAGUCUGUGUACUGGCCACCCUGGUAUCCCAGGCUCUCCUGGGGUUCAUGGCAGUCCUGGUCAGCCAGGGAGAGACGGGAGGGAUGGGAGGGAUGCUGCUCCUGGGGAAAAGGGGGAGAAAGGGGAGAGAGGGGCCCCAGGUGAGACAGGAGUGCGAGGUCUGACUGGAGACAGGGGUGACCCUGGAGAAAAGGGGGAAAGGGGGCAGCCGGGCGAGUGUGCAGUGGCUCCUAAAUCCGCCUUCAGUGUCAAACUCUCUCAGGGCCAAACCUCGCCCCUGAAUGUGGGCGACGCAGUCCGCUUUGACACAAUCCUGAUCAACGAACAGGGCGACUACAACUCAGAGACGGGACGCUUCACCUGCAAAGUCCCUGGAGUCUACUACUUUGCCGUCCACGCCACGGUGUACCGCGCCAGCCUGCAGUUCGACCUGAUGAAGAACGGACACGCUGUGGCUUCUUAUUUUCAGUUUUAUGGCAACUGGCCCAAACCGGCAUCUCUGUCAGGCGGCUCCCUGCUUCACCUCAUCCCCGGCGAUCAGGUGUGGGUGCAGAUGGCUCUCUCAGAGUACAAUGGAUUUUACUCCAGCAGCAAGACAGACAGCAGCUUCACCGGCUUCUUGGUCUACUCGGACUGGAAAAACUCUGCUGUGUUUGCCUGACAUGUGCCGCUUUUAUUUCCUUACUGAGACAUUCUGGACAGACAAGUGAAUCAUCCGUGACACGAUACAGCUGUAUUUGUGUAAUAAAUAAAGAACACACCAGGCAAUGUAACGCGAAUAGCACAUUGUGUACUGAGGCGCACACAAUGAACGGCACAGUUUACUCUGUGUCUGUUCUGCACUUUCAGCUUUUAAACUGCUGACAGUUAAUUCUUCUAACAGAUGUCAGGCCACAAAUUCUCAAACAGCCUUCAUGCUACUGUUCUAUUGCAUUUUGUUUUAGUGUCUACAACUCUAACGCGAGACAUUAAUAAAUAUUUUUUUACUUUUGAAAACACACUAGACUGAAGUAUGUCUCUGGCCAUGAAUGAAAGUGGAUCAGGCAUUAGGCUGGAGCUGCACAGUUAACUCCAAACAGGAAAGUCGAGACUCUUUCUGAUAACACCCCUGCCUGAUUUUAAGAGGGAAAAGAACUCAAAUACUUCACUGAAGAUAAAGUGCAAAUGGAAAACAGUAAAAAUACCCCUGAUACUGCCAUUUUAAAAAAGCAAUGAACAAGAAUGAUCUGAAAAAUAUACUCCUAUAAAUGUGUUAAAAGCCCUCGUUCUGCUGUGGAUGUAAUCUAGUGUAAGAUAAUAGGGCUGGUAAUAAUUAUAAAUGAAUGGAAAAUCUGUUUUAACUACUUUAUAUACAGUCUAUUCCCUCAUUAAUAGUUGCAAAUAAAUGUAUGAGGUUGUGAGAUGUUUCAAGAAGGUCAAAAAUACAAAAUAAAAGUUUUUUUGGUUUAAUAUUCUUAACACAAGUAAACACAAAAUGCAGUUUGAAAAUGAAGAUGUUUAUUAUAAAGAGGGGAAAAAAUUCAGACCAUCAAGGCCCUGCGUGAAAAAGUGAUUGCCCCCUAAACCUAAUGACUGGUUGGGCCACUCUUAGCAGCAACAACUGCAAUCAAGCAUUUGUGAUAGCUGGCAGUGAGUGUUUUUCAGCGCUGUGGAUACAUUUUGAGCCACUCAUCUUUGUAGAAUUAUGGUAAUACAGCCACAAUGGAGGGUUUUCGAGCAUUAACCGCGUUUUUAAGGUCGUGCCGCAGCAUCUCAGUCGGAUUCAGGUCAUGACUUUGACUAAGCCACAAGUCCAAGUUUUCAUUUUGAUUUUCAGAAACCAUUCAGAGGUGAACUUGCUGGUGUGUUUUGAAUCAAUGUCCUGCUGCAGAACCCAAGUUUGAGGUCAUGAACAGACAGCUGGACACUCUCCAUCAGGAUGUUUUGGUAGACAGCAGAAUUUAUGGUUGCAUUUACCACAGCAAGUCUUCCAGGUCCUGAGGCAGCAAAACAGCCCUAGAACAUCACACUAACACCACCAUAUUUUACUGUUGGUAUGAUGUUCCUUUUAUGCCAGAUGUAAUGGGACACACACCUUCCAAAAAGUUAAACUUUUGUCUCGUCAGUCCACAGAGUAUUUUCCCCAAAAUCUGAUGUUUUCUAGCAAAACCGAGACAAGCCUUUUUCUUCCUUUAGCUUUGGUUUUCGUCUUGGAAAUCUGCCACUCAGGCCAUUUUUGCCCAGUCUCUUUCUUAUAGUGGAGUCAUGAACACUGACCUUAACUGAGGCAAGUGAACCCUGCAAUCCUUUAAAUGUUGAUCCGGGGUCUUUUGUGACCUCUUGGAUGAGUCGUUGCUCUGCUCUCAGUGUAAUUUUGGUCAGCCUGCCACUCCUGGGAGGGUUCACCACUGUUCCACCUUUUCACCAUUUGUAGAUAAUGGCUCUGACUGUGGUUUGCUGGAGACCCACAGCUUUAAAAAUGACUUUAUAACCCUUUCAGACGAGAGAUCUCAGUUACUUUGUUUCUCAUUUGUUCGCAAAUUUCCUUGAAUCACAGCAUGGCGUCUGGCUUUUGAGAAUCUUGAAGUCUACUUCACUUUGUCAGGCAGGUCUUAUUUAAGCGAUUUCUUGUUUAAGAAAAGGUAAUCAGGCCAGGAUGUGGCUAGAGAAAUUGAACAUAGCUUUCCAAAGAUGCGAUACAUACCAUGGUUGUCAUUUAUGUUUUUUACUUGCCCUUAAUAACACUUGCCUUCAUUUAGAAACUACAUUUUGUGUUGACUUGUGUUGUCUUUGUCUAAUAUUUAAAUGCAUUUGAUGAUCUGAAACAUUGACAAACAUACACAAAAGGGAAAUCAGGAAGGGGGCAAACACUUUUUUCACACAAUUGUAUAUUCAAUUAAAUUUGCAUUUAAUGUAACAUCUUUAUCUGAAAAGUAAAAACCAAAUGUACUGAAGUCAAAAUGUACUGUUUUCUCUAGUGUAAAGUUACAUAAAGUGCUUUCACAUGGCAUUUCUAUGAA